AUGAAACUGCAGGUUCCCGUGCCAAUUCGCAGCCCAACCAGCUCAGUCCCAACUGCACUCUUUGUCACUCGCUUCGAUGGCCCCACCACUGAAACACCCGUGAAGCGCUGUCUGAGCUUCAACCUCCCCAGCCUCCAUGCGAGAUUUCCUGGCCCCGAUGUGAAAACCAUGCCAUCAAGUUUAGCAUAUUCGAGAUCCCUCAAUGAAAAUGCUCGCUCUCUAAAUUUAUCUCGACUGGGCACCGACGACAAGUCCCCCAUGGACGACAGCCGCCCCAAGAACGAGGAUGUAUUCCUAAACAUUGCCAGAGCUGAUUCCGGCCGUCGCGAUUCCAUAGGUCGCUCAGAUUUUAGACGGUCACGCCUGGGCUAUCCAACGCAGAGUCUGCGAUCGCCGACUACAGAACAAACCCCCUCACCCGACCAGCGACACAGCAAUCCCGACCCCUUGCUUUCUCAAUAUGAUGCUCCCACCACCCCCUACAGCUCCCACACCCCGGCGAGCGCCCACCCACUGGAGGACCCGGGUCGCCUCCGCUAUAGCAGCCUAGGGACAGGCUCGCGAUCCACCGUGGGUGUGCCCCGAAGUCGCUUUAGCCGCACGAGUCCAGAGACCUCCCCCCGGACGCCAUCGGUCGACGAGCGGCGCGCUUCUAUGCACGAAUCGCGCCACCGCCAUUCCGGAAUAUCCACAAUCCGAGGCAACCGGCAGCUCUCUACGUCGGAGGUGACUGAACGAGCGCGAGCCGAUACAGAGCGCUCACGGGCGGAUGGGACCGAGUCGACCCUCUCCACCACUGCGCCAUCUACUGUCUGGGACGAACUGGAUGAUCUCAAGGACCGCAUUAAGAAGCUGGAACUGACAGGGAAAUUGCCCCCGUCAUCGUCGGCAGCAAUGUACAAUCCUUCCCACGAACGACCGCGGACGGCAAACACAGCCAUGACCACCAUAUCCUCCUCCCCCAAGUACCAUCGCAAAGCCAGUGUCUCAGCUGCAGACACAGAUUCGAGCUAUAACAGCCAGGUGCAACCUAUCUUGCAAUCUGCGCUAUCAAAGGCCAAGCUUGUCCUGAGCGGUGAGGUUUAUUCCUCUCUCGAAGCAACAAUCACCGAUGCUCUGACUCUGACCACCGCGUUGGGCGCCAAUGCCACCCAAUUGGGCAGUAUGCCUGCCAUCAACGGAGGGUAUACUUCACCUGACAGGCACGCCCGCCGCAAAGCGGACAGCGUGUGUCGGAGUCUGACUGAGCUCUGCCUCGCUUUGACAGAUGAACAACUGAAGAACCACCGGCCCUCAUCAAGCCGCGACGCUGGUGGACAGUCUCAGUUGACAAAUGGCACGGAGCCCAAUCCGCGCAUGUCGGUGCCGUCCUAUCAGCGACACACGACUCAGGAGCCCGAAGGACUCCAGCGACGUCACAGCACGACCCGCAUCUCCAGCCGUCUUGAUGCGCGCCGCGCAUCGCUAGUCAACACCAGCCCCGGCAACCUGGCGGAAAUCAAGCAAAGCCCAACUCAGUCUCACGGAAUCCCCACCCCGAGCACUCGAUUGAAUCGCGCCUCGACCUCUCUCCGCAGCCGCAGGCUGACACUGGGCGAGGAGAACGGCGAGACCGAUAGUCCCCACAGUCGCUCAGUCUCCAGAGCCAACACCGAAAUCGGUGUACCAUCCUCGACACCGGGAAUCCCUCAGCGCCAACGACUCUCUCACAAUCGCGCUAUCUCGCGUUCGAUUUCCGGCGCGCAGCCAGACCAAGGCAGCAUUGGCAUUUCUCCCCGUUCCCCACAAUACCAACACCAGCCCUCCCAAGUCCCCCAACCAACAGCCCAAACGCCCACACCUCGGACCCCAACCCUCUCCUCCAACCUCUCCUUCCGCCGCAGCUACAUGAGUCCAGCCACCUACACACCCGCCACGGCUCGCUCCAACAUCCAAGCCGGCUCGCGUCGCUACGGCCUAACACCCAGCUUCUCCUCCAACAGCAUCCAGAACGACGAAAACCCCAGAUCACCCCUGGAGUCCCCGCAGACCAGAAUCUCCGCCCCAUCAACCAAGACAGCAACAAGCUACACUCCAAUCCAACAACAAAGGCUACGAACAAACAGUCUAGGCGCGCGGCGAUUCGGUCUGCGGAACCGUGCCCCAACCACCCCAAAUAACAACAUCAACCUCGACGAUAGCAUCGAUUAA